GCAAUCUGAUCGGGCUAAGAUUGGUCCGGCCCAUCUUCUCAAUCUAUAAAUAUACGAGCGCGUCCGCGAUCCGAUCUGCUUUCUUGCUUCGCGAGGGUUGUUUCCUCCGGUACGUCAACAGAGCAACCCAAGUAGAGAGAACUUGGAGUCUUUGGAACUUGGUGCUGCAGUUCAAACAUGGCAACAGGCAAAAUUAUCGGAGCUAUUGUUGCAUCCUUUGCAGUCUCAUAUGCAUGUGAUACACUGAUCUCUGAUGGAAAGAUAUUUGGCGGUACAACUCCGAAAACUGUCUCAGACAAGGAAUGGUGGGAAGCAACUGAUAAGAAGUUCCAGGCCUGGCCUCGCACUGCUGGACCACCAGUUGUGAUGAACCCCAUUAGCCGGCAGAAUUUUAUCGUCAAGUCAUCCGAAUCCUAAAGUGAAUAACACAAUGCAGGUUUUAUGGUCUAAAAUGAUUAGGUCAUUACUUGCAGGUGAUGCGCUGUUUUGAGAAAGUAUUUUAUGUUUCCAUGGAUUGAUGGAGAUGUUAUGAGCACCUAUUCUUCUUAGCUGUCAAACGAAUAUUUCCAUAAGCUGUAAUAAUUUUACGAUAUUUCCAUAAGCUGUAAUAAUUUUCAUGA